UUUAGUAAUUAACUGAGCUUCAGUCCGAGCGGUCGUAGUGUGCGCUGCGAGAAACAAUUCAACAACGAUCUAACUAAAAUUUGUGGUGUCAAUUAGUGAAAUAAAUACUCAAGAUGAAAUUCUAUUUGUUGGUGAUUGUUGCUGUUGCCUAUUUGGCCUACGUUAGUUCCGAGAGCUGCGUUCAGUGCAACUCAAAGACUGAUGUGCGAUGCGCCACCGAUGCCAACUCCAUGAUGUCCAAGGAUUGCGCCAAUGUCAACAACACAAUGUGCUACUCCCGCGUGCUGGAUGGCUACACGAUUCGUGGCUGUGCCAGCGACUUGGACAACAAAACGUUGAGCUCCUGCAACAAUGAUCUGGAGUGUAUGAUCUGCACGUUCGGUAAUGGCUGCAAUCGUGCGCUCUUCCCCCAGCAUCGUCUCCACUGCCUGCAGUGCUCCGGCAACUCGACGAACUCCACCUGUGCCACCGAAUACAAUGCCCCCAUUGCUGUGUGCCCCAUUUACAAGCUGGGCGACAAGUGCUUCGUGCGCAACAGCAAUCGCCUGGCCGACGGCUCAUUCCAACGUGGCUGCCUCACCACUGCCCAGGCCAACAAGGUGUGCAUCAAGGAUGGCAACUGCUACACUUGCAACGGCGGUGGUUGCAACUCCAUUCGCGCCGACAGCACCGAGAUUCCACUGGCACGCGAUGGCGCCCCGGUUUCGGUUAUCGCUUCGUUAGCUCUGCUGCUGUUCAGCGGCAUCGCCAGCUUGUCGCUCUAGGAAGUCUGCAACAAGAACAAGAAGAACCACGAAAAAAAGUUCAUUUAAUGUUUUGUACUAUUUCAUUUGCAAUUUGCAGUUUGUAAAUGUAGUUAUUUUUUUUUUACU